UGGAUUCCAACCGCCAUUAAACGUCAUCGAAGAAGAAGGUACCUAAGAAGAAGUUUACGGAAAAUGGCCAGCUUUGGCAGGGUUGCUGGAGUUUUGAGAAACUUUUGGAGGAGACCUUGGUCAUAUAGAACGCUGCAUAGUGCCCUGAGACCUGGCAUUUUGGGGUCUGCCGUUGGAAGCGGGCUGGUAUAUUUUCACUUUGAGUCGAGCAAGAGGUUUUUGCCCUUCACCGUCCAUGCCGAGGAGGAAAAGGUGCUUCCAGUAUCCCAGAUGUCUGCCAGACGGAUGCGCUUCAACCAGUUUGCCUCAAUGAUGUACGAUGAGGAGCUCUACAUGACACCAAGGGAUUUCCUCUUCUCAAUCAUGCUGGAGAAUGUUGACCGUAAAUUGCAAAAUAAAGCUCUAACCAAAAAGGAGGUGGAUAAGAUGCUGGAUGCUGCCUCAUGGGCCAAGGCAGGCAACAGUCUGUUCAGAAACUUUGGAGACAAUGGUCUGAUAUCCUACACAGAGUACCUGUUCCUGUUGACUAUUCUGACCAAGCCACACACAGGAUUUCAUAUAGCUUUCAAAAUGCUUGAUAUUGAUGGCAAUGAGCAUGUGGACAGAAAGGAGUUUCUCAAGCUCAAGAAAAUCAUUGGGAAAAGAAAAGAGAAAGUGCCCAUGGAAGGUGCCACAGACGUGAAACCAGUCGUAGAGGGGGAUGGUGUGAACACUACACUGCAGGCAUUCUUCUUUGGCAGGAAUGGCAAAAACAAGCUUCAGUACAAUGUAUUCUGCAGGUUCAUGGAGGACCUGCAGGCAGAGGUGCAGGAGAUGGAGUUCUUGCAGUUUUCCAAGGGCAUGGACACCAUGCGGCGGGAGGACUUUGCAGAGUGGCUGCUGCACUACACCAACGAGGAAGCCAACGAGGCCUACUGGGAGAACAUGAGGAAGAGGAUCCCCGCUGGCCAGAGCAUCACAUUUGAUGAGUUCAAAGCGUUUUGCCUAUUCACCAACAACCUGGAGGACUUUGCCUUCUCUGUGAAAAUGAUAAGUGAAGCCAACCGACCUAUUGGAAUGGUCCAAUUUAAGCGAGCUGUGAAGAUCGCCACAGGGCACGACCUCUCGGAGAACGUGCUGGACACUGUGUUCAAGAUCUUUGACCUGGACGGCGAUAACUGCCUGAGCCACAAGGAGUUUAUCGGAGUGAUGGAGGACCGAGUACUACGUGGCUUGAAGGUGCAGCCCCAGCGUGGCAUCAUAGAUUAUUGGAAGUGUGUGAAGAGGGAGACACUGAAAGGGGCCCAAGAGGCCCUCCGGGACACAGGAAGCCCUUUCUGAGGGGUCACGUUGUUGGAUCAAGAAGCUCCUUGUGAGGUUUCACUGGGUGACUCCAAUGUAAAGCAUUGAUGGCUGACCAUCAAGUUGCUCAUUAUCACUUGAUAUUUGUCAAUGGAUUAUUAAUAUGGUCCUCAUGAACCAGAUCAAUAAGGGAUGAUGCCAAAUUCUAUAUUUUUCAGGCUUCCUUUUUGUUUGUGAAAAUGUUAUUACAAUAUACAUAAUCUAUGGGUAAGUGUUUUGUUUACAAUAUUUUUUAUAUUUUCUAAUUAGGCUUGGGUGUUAUACUGGGGUAUUGCCGAAUACCGACGGUAUGAUUUUCAAUACCGUGCUACGCCACUACUUAUAGCAGACAUUCAAUCGCCUCAUGGAUCGAGAUCCCUAGUGCCUAAAUUGUUGUGUCAAAAAAAAGUAUUAAUCUUUUGGGUGCCACUUAUGUGAACAUUUAGCGAUACUGUAUACCUCGGUAUGGUACAGAAACGGUAUGAAAAUCUAGAUACCGCCCAAUUCUAAUCAUGGAAAUUGGUUGUGAUGCUUGGUAGCAGUCUAUGCAUACAAGGCAUGUGAAAUGUGAGCUCGUUUGACAUUUAUUGAAUGUCUGUCACCUUUUUCUACCCUAUCUCGCUGCUCAAAUACAUUGUUUACAGUUAGAGGUGGUUUACUGUGGUAUCAUUGGAAUUUCAAAAUGCUGAAUCAUGGAAAAAGUUAAGUAUUAAAUAUGUGCCUGUCUUCAAAUAUCUAUGUACAGUUGUGCUGUAAUAUAUUGGCACCCUUUCAGAAUUCCCUUCUUAAAUAAAUUGUAAUUUAGGACUUGGUGUUUGUUUGAUUUGGAAUUGAUUUUUCAACGUCAAAUGGCCUGGACUAAAUUAUACAAAAUUCUAAUUAAUUUGGUUGGAAUCAGGUUAACGGUGUAAUUUCUCAACAGGGUAAAAAUAGCAUUUCAAACAGUUUUGAACUUUCCUCCUUUGGAAAGUGCAACUGUAUACCUUUUCUAAGAUGAAUUAAAUGUUU